AGCUUUUGCCGAUGUCAGGCAGUGCUGAAGCAGCAUCUUACAUCGACGUCAAUCUCCUAAGCUCUCCUCCAGACAUCAAAUGUGACUUCAAGGAUGACGACAUCCAGAUCCUUGGUCUGGUGGACCAGGAGGAGCAAUUGAAGCUCAAGAUGGAGAUUGCCAAUGCCACAGAAGGCUCACUGGCUAGUGACGGGCAGCAAAUGAAUUCCGAGUCUGGCACAGCUGAGGCUCCCGAGGGACCGGAAGAGCGACAUUCAUCGCAUGGCAGCGACGUCCAAGCCGGCGACGCAAGCUCUCACGCAUCCACUAGAGGCUCAGGCAGCGCCGAAGCAGCGUCUUACAUCGACGUUGACCUCCUGGAUUCUCCUGCGGCCCAGCCGGAUGUCAAGAGUGAGUACGACAAUGAUGACAUCCAGAUCCUCGGUGUGACGGACCAGGAGGGGCAGCUGGAGCUCAAGAUGGAGAUCGCCGAUGCCAUGGUUAAGCGUCUGGAAGACAGGCUCAAGUUCAAGGACGACAUUGCGAAAGCGAAGCUCGAGCAGCUAGAGGAGCGGCUCAAGGUUGAAGAGCAUAUCGCGAAAGCCAAGCUCGAACACCUGGAGGAACGUCUACAGCUCCAGGAUGAGAUUUCUCAAAGCAAGUUGGAUCGCCUGGAGAUGCAACUUGCGGUGCGAGGUCAGGAGAAACGGCCGGUGAAACGCCAGCCGACGCCAGAAGCUUCUUCGUCUGGACGGAAGAGGUUGCGCUUGAAAUGAGCUACAAAGGAAUCUCGUUCUACUUUCCAUCUGCCGCCUGCUACGUUUCUGAAUUGAUCACCGUUUUCGCAUUGCAGGCUCGGUUGUUGAAGGCAUGGCAGCCUCAUAGCCUACGAAAUCUCAUCCCUCAUCCGUUUGCACCUGAUGUCCACUAGCACCAUUGAAAUGGGUUUCGUGCUGAGCUAAUGAAUUGGAAUGUAUAUAUGUAGUCUCCAUAGCAGAAGGAUAUCGUAAUCGAAAAGCCGAUCAUAUCACUGACAUAGUUAUGAAUGCAUACUACUACCGGCACAGUAGGUUUGUCGUGCUCCGAUUUAUGAUGUCG